AUGCGUUACUCUAGCACCGCCGCACUCCUUUCCCUGGCCUCUCUUGGCCAGGCUUCCCCAGCACCCCACGUUCACCAGCACCCUCACGCUGCCCGUGAUCUUGCUGGUUUGGGAAGCUUGGGCUCGCAAUACCAAGCGGGUGUUUACUUCACCAACUGGGGCAUCUACGCACGCAACUACCAAGUCUCCGAUCUUCCCAUUGACAGGCUCACCUACGUCAACUACGCUUUCGCCAACUUGAAUGAGACCACCGGCGAGGUCUUUCUCAGCGACGAGUGGGCCGAUAUCCAGCGCCCUUCCCCUACCGAUGUUGCUACCAAUGGCUCCCAGCUCCUCGGCAACUUCAACCAGCUCUACCAGGCGAAGCAGAAGAACCGCAACCUCAAGGUCAUCCUUGGUGUCGGGGGCUGGACUUACAGGUUCAAGUUCAAGCCCGCUCUCUCCACAAAGGCCGGUCGUGUGAACUACUGCAAGUCCUCUCUGAAGCUUAUUACUGAUCUCGGAAUCGAUGGCUUGGACACUGACUGGGAAUACCCUGCCGAUGAGACUGAUGCUGCCAACCUGCUCGACACCAUGCAGAUCUGCCGUCAAAUGUACGACGCCUACUCGAAGAAGUACACCAAUGGAUACCACUACGAACUCUCCAUCUCUGCCCCUGCUGGACCCAUAAACUUCGAAAGGUUGGGUAUUCAGAAGCUCGACCGCUUCGUCGACCGUUGGAACCUCAUGGCCUUUGACUACCAGGGUGGUGGCUUUUCCAACUUCACUGGCCACCUGAGCAACGUCUACCCCAGCACCACCAACCCCAGGUCGACCGACGGCUGGGUUAACGAAACCCAGUCAUUCACAGCCUUCAACACCAAGAGGGCCAUCGACUACUACAAGGCCCAUGUCGCAUCUCCCUCCAAGAUCACGCUCGGUAUGCCCCUGUACGGCCGCUCCUUCGCCAACGUCGUCGAUCUCAGCCGCGGUACCGGUGCAAUGGGCCAGAAGUUCAACGGCUCCGGUGAAGGUUCUUGGGAGGCCGGUACCCUUGACUACAAGGUUCUUCCCCAGAACGGCACCAAGGUAUUCACCGACAAGAGCAUUUUGGCCAGCUGGUCUUGGGACCCCAUCAAGAAGCAGGUUGUCAGCUUUGACACCCCAGAGGUUGCCAAGUGGAAGAUGGACUUCCUCAAGACUGAAUGCCUCGGUGGUGCUUGGUUCUGGGAUGCCUCUGGCGACGCUCCCGUCAGCAACCCUAAGUCUCUCGUUGCUACUGUUGUCAACGAGCUUGGUGGUGCCCAGUCGCUCAAGAAGAACCAAAACAACCUUCACUACCCCACAUCCAAGUACUACAACAUCAAGAACGCUAGGAACUAGUGUUCUUAGACUUGUAUGCUUGAUUGCGGUUGAUACCGCGGGGUUGCGGGGGAGGAAUUAGUACAUGUUGUUUUGCUAGUCUGCCUUUGCAUCUUCCCAACUUGCUGUAGUGGGCCCAAGAAACGUGCCAUGGCUGUUUUAUUGUAGCGAUUACCCUUUGAAUAUAGACAUAUUACGCAUC